GACACUGAGCACAUCAACAUGGUUUUGAAACGGAUUACAGACUAUCUUUUGUUUUGGACUUUAAUUCAUCUUUCAAAUACAGAUGCGGAGAAAGUUUUUAAAGCAGUGGAAGGAGCGACUGUCCAUCUGCCCUGCCAUUUACCUCCUAAAGACAGUCAACAAGUUACAGUAGACUGGAGCAUAAAUACAACCAGUGGCCAUUCUAUGUGUACAUGGAACAUUGAUAUGUCCAACUCUCUUGUAUUUCCUUUAAAAAACUGCUUAUCUAAUUUAACAUUAACCAGUGAGAUUAUUAAAUUAGAGAUAAAAAAUGUUCAGCCUGGUGACUCUGGUAUUUACAGCUGUAAAACAACUAGAGUAAUUCCACCACCGUCAGUGGACGAAAGCUUAUCUCUGAUUCUCCAAGUUGCAGGUCUGUUCCUGAAGCGACUGAACAGCACUAAUGACAGCUGUGUUCAUCUGCUCUGCUCUCUGGACUCUGAGCUGGCCGACUUCACCUGGAGUCGAGGAGGUCAAAUGUUACCACAUGUGUCUACAUUAAAUUACAAUAAUAGUGAACUGCAUCUGUGCAAACCUGACUGGAGUGAAGGAGACACAAUCACCUGUCACGUCAGCUACUCAGGAACCCAAACCCAAAAAAGCAUCAAAUUCAGCAGCUCAGAAUAUGCUAACAGUGGUCACUGA